UUUAAUUUAAUUUGGGGAUUUUUGAAGAUGUAUUCCUAUUUUUAGAAAUUGUUCGAACAUUCAUUUUAAUUAAAUAAAAAUAUUUUCGAGGAGUUUAUAAGGGUUUGAUAAUUUUCAACGGGAAUAAGUACUCAUGAUUGAUGUAGGAAAAUUAUUAUCCGAAUUUUUAUGAAGGUUCAAGUCAGGUGAAAAAUUCGUCCAAGAUAAAAACAAUUAAGAAAAAUAGUCGGUUGUGAAGGGAGUAUUUCUAGAAAGGUUUUAAAGGGGGGUAAAGGGACCUUUGGAGUGAGGUUUGAGGAUGAGACUUUGAGUAGAGGGUGUCUGGGUAGAUAAAAAGGAGACUUUUAAAUCGAGAAAGGGUGUCUUGGAAUACGAAUUUCUUAUUAAUAGGUUUCCUAGGAUAAUCCGGCUAAGGAGGGAAAGAAGGCGAGAAAGUUAGCAGCCGAUCGAACUUCGUAGUCUCGCGUAAUGAAGAGGUUCACACCGAUUAGUAGCAAGGAAAGAGCUACGUCUAUUAGAGGCGGAAGGAAGGCCGAGAACUCGACACCGGUGAUCGCAACUGGCGGGGGUAAAGUGAUGGAGAGGCCCCGAACCUAUCCUCCUAGACCACCCGGGGUGUCGGCAGUUCGAAGUUGGCCGCCGAAUUGUGGCCUGAGGAGGGACCUUGAAGAGGAGCUCCAAUGGUUAGGGUCGUUGAAGAGGAGGACGAUGAACCGAUAGAGGAGGAGCCAAAAGAGGAAAAACGCGUGGGUCUUGUGCUCGAGAAUGCAGACGUUGAUGCGACUAAAGAGGUGAGUUUAAAGGGGCUAAAAUCUAUGUCGUAGGUCUUUUAGUUUCCGUUUUUCGUUCAAGUUAUUAAUUUUAGUUAAUUUUUUAGUAAUGCACGAUAUGUGUGUGAGGCAUCCCACCGCUUGUAAGGGUGGAGGCACGCCUUGUGCUAUGUAUGAAUGCAUGUAAUGUCGUAUGGAUUGAUGGUAUGAGGAACCCCCGGGCGGUUGGGCCACUACUGGACGCGGUAGAUGGUCGGGUCACUGCUGGACGACGAGACGUAACGCAGCAGUUGAUCGAGUAUGUUGGGGUCACUACUGGACGGCGAGACGUAACGCGGUAGUUGACGGGCAUGGACUGGACAGCGGGACGUAACGCAGUGCCAUUGCCAAGUUUGGGUAUGCAACCGGACGGCGAGACGUAAUGCGGUUGGCAUACUAGGGUAGGACACCGGACGACGAGACGUAACGCGGUGGUCCUAGUGUUUUGUGUUUGUGUUAAGGAUAAAAGUUGAGAACCUCUGUGAGUUAAAGUUGAAAGGAGUUAUUAAGAACCUAAGAAGGAAACUCUAAAGAUACGAUAGGAGUAGAGAUCUCUUAUAGACUGUUUGAUAGUGAAGUUUAAAGGAUGAAAGUGAGAACGACUUUCGUCUAAGGAAGGCAUUCCCCUAUUAAUGUGUUUAGUAAGGAUAUUGCUUAGGCAAAGACCUUAGGAAGUAACGACGAGACUGACCCCUUCUCACUCACCAGGUUGAGGAUAGUCUAGCAGAAGUGGAUCAUGAGAAGAAGCAUGGCGAGGCAAGCAGCAGUACCAGUGUCGUCGGGAUAUCGGAAAGCUCGUGAGGAGUCAAGUUCGAUUAGUUAAUUAUUUUGUUGCAUGGUUAUAGUAUAAACUGGAGAUUCUGUA